UUCUAGAUGUCCUUGAGAAAACUGCUAAUUUGCAUAAUCAUUAGCUGGAAGAUUCGAUGCGAUUGGUUCUCGGUAUUGUUUAUGGGUGGGAAUUACAGAGUGAAGAACGUCUUACAGGAGAGGUGUCACGUUCUUGUCAUUCUCCCAGUUCACUUGCUCUAAAUCACGUUCAUAAUAAAACAUGUGAAGGGACGUACGUUCGGUGUUGAAAACUGUAACUAUUGAGACGUUGUUUUACUUAGCUCCUCUGAGUUGAGGAUACAGACGAAGAACUUUCUACCGUGCUGGACCUGUUGUUAUUUAAUAGGGCUACGUAGGGGAUUUUGAACAAAUUACAAACACUCUUUGAGACAUUAGAAUCGCUAUCCAGACGACCCUUCUCCUUCAACGUAAUAUCAAGUAAAUCUCAUCAUGCAUAACUACUUCCUGUCUAUUCGGCGUGAUGAAACUACUCCCCUGGUAGAGGAUCAUCUAUUUGACAGUUCAAGCAUUGAAUCAAGCACAUGUUAUCCCCAAUCAAAUAAGAUACGUCUUAAAAGUCGUUGGAGAGAUAAUUACCCCUUACCACCCGUCGUCCAAGUAACACUGGGACUCCUCGGCCUCUGGAGUCCACUGCGGAGAACCCAUUCACCUUCGACAAUAUCGCAAUAUCCCAAUAACAUUGAAGAAGUAUUGACAAACAAGGACGACAGAGACCAGGGAGAAGACUCGGAUGACGGUUCGACACAAGAAUACGUCGAUAAAAACGGGAAAAGAUACGACUACAGUCAUGACAGCGUCGACGCCGUCGGAGAUCGGCCAAGAAAAGCACGGGCCAAAGAUCGAAAUUGUUGGGUGAUAACUUCUAACAUUUGCGCCUUCUUGUACCUCCUUCUAUCGUGCUGCCUGAUGACGUAUGAUUUUCGGAGAUACAUGGGGUUCUACAGGGGCAAGAAAGAAGAUGUUCUUCAUCUGGUGUCAUACUUCACGUACCUAUUUCAAAUCAUGGUCAUACCUUUCUGGUGUUUCUACGCGCGAAUUCUCUAUCUGACCCUUGGUCGCCGUUAUCGAGAAGGAUAUCCCCUUUGCCGAUCCUUUCUUUCGACACGCGUAGCGAUUCUGAGGAAUUCACGUUUUGGCGCCAAAGGUCUAUCCUGGUUUCGACUGAUUUUCUUUCUUGCAUGGCCAGUAACAAAUGCCAUGCUUCGCUUUGCCAAUGACUACUAUUUUCGAUAUUGCUCUUUCGUCACAUUAUAUAAAGAAAUAACACACUGGUGUGCUUUUCUUGGCUAUAUCUUUUAUGGUUGUUUUUGUUAUCUCAUCUAUAUCGAACGUCUUUCGUUUGAAUGUGAAGUGCAUCAGAUUUCUGCUUUCGCCCGCGAACAGGCAUCGGGAAAGAAUAUCGAUCAAGUACGCAGAAGAAUAUCCCGAUUUUACGCGCAGUACAACGUACUACGUCGACUGAUCAGGACAUGGAUGGCUUUCACCAUGGUUGUUGCGACUUGGGGACUUACCGCUCAUAUUCUAUGGAAUUAUCUCGUUUUCAGUGAUAAAAAUAUUGACCUUCAGAACAUCCCCAUAUUACGUUUCCUCAAUGUCGUGGUCAGCUCACAGAAAAUCAUGUUCUUCGUCGUGCCGUGCGUUGCGAUUGGAGGUUUAAACCUGGAGCACGUCUGGAAGCGAUUCAGGAACGAAAUCGCAAAGCAUCGACAGCACGUCCACGAUGGUUACUGGACAGCAAUCAAUAGAUACCUACAUGAGAUCAAUGUAGAUCACUCCGGUGAUCUUACCCCUACACUUAUCUUCAGUGCUAUAGGGUUUUAUUUGGGACAUAUGGGGGACAACGACCAGGAGCACACGAGGUGGAACUAUCCACCGGCGGACUGCAAUCAUACACGGUAGAGGCGACGCUGUCUAGAUGUUUAAAUACUUGACUGGAAGGGCGAAGGUCAUGGGUUCGAGUUCCGGCGUGACACUAGUCUCUAUAGAAAGACAAAACGACUUUUUACCACGUAUACUCUCCUCCCAUUCGUUAGGAAAGUUUACCUAUGAAUGCGGUGUACACAGUCAUCGAUAACCAGCUUGAACCUGUGUAUUUGUCAACCGCUUUUGAGCACCAUGGUCAUUAUGAGCGCUAUAAACAUAUCCAGUUAGUAAUAAUAUUACUACUAGUAGUAGUAGCAGCUUUAGUAGUAUAGAUGUAGUAGAAGUAGUAGUCGUGGUGAUGGUAGGAGUAGUAGUAAUACUAGGUCCAUUUUUCACGUAGGGCUGUUUGUAAAGUGGUUAUUCAGUGGUAGGGAUAGGGGCGUGGUCUUCGAUAGGCCUCCAAUAUUCGAGGGUUGGGGCACACGCAUCAGUCGGAAACAAAUGCAUCGCACGUGAUACGUGCCAUUUGAUCCAAAAAUAUUUUGGAGGAAGUAGAUUGAUCUUGAAGAAGUUCCCCCAAAAUUGUUGAUAGAUGGUUCUGUACAAAAUGUAAAUUAUCAAAAAGGUCAAAGGAGGAUAUUGACAAUUUCAAAGAAACAUACAAAUGACGCUUAUUAGAUUUAACAUUUAUACAUUAACUAAUUAAGUUAUAAAUCAUGCAUGAAACUGUUUAAAGUUGCACUUUGUUCUUCUUUGUGGUAUAUCAAGAAGUAAUUUUAAAGGCCCACUGUACUUAUUGUAGCUACUUGUUCCCUCUAUAUAAAAAACAAUGCCUAAUCGGUGCCUGUUGGUCCCCCAUGAUCCUCUUUUCCUUAUGUUAAUUGAGAGCUGAGUUUAUGAGAUAGCCACCUGUCAGUGACCUCGCUGGGAGGUCUAAUUCGUCCUGUCCACACUAGUACAGACGCGCUUUAAAGUAAGAACUACCUUAACAAAUCAUUACCACUGUCGGUCGGAAUCUUAGAACUACACCUAUGAAUGUAUAUGCUGCUCUGAAUGAUAGAAAAUAUAUCCAGUAAAGAUUGUUAUGAUAAUGUGAAUACAUUAAAUCAACCAUUAAAAUCAAAAUUGGAAAUAUGUUUGUUUCAGGAAAAAGAAGUCUCCUAGGAUUUGGGUAAAACAUGUAAGUUCAUGUUACUUGCUAGAGCUCAUGUAAGAUUACAGAAGGAUAAGUGCGAAGUGAUAAUGGUGAGUUAUUUUGUAGAAAGAAAAAGCUGGCAUUAUGUCCAUUUAGCUUUACUCAUAAUUACAAUUGCGUAGACAUGUUGCGUACGGCAUCGCAAACAUGAUGAACUUUGAAGGGGUAAUAUUUUGAUCGCAGGAGGGGAACAUUUUCUUGCUGUUGAAAACAAUGUGGGGGUUUUAUCAAUACUGUCCAACAUUUAUUACUACUUCGCUAAAAUUGUUUUAAAGUAUGUUAUGUGUUAGCAAAGAAAAUAAUACUGAGCUGGAAGAGUUGAUGAAUACUUGACUUUUUUUUAGCAAAUGUAAUUUUGUAUUCAAUCAUUGAGUGAAAAAUGCAAAUAUGUAUUGAAAUUAUGGAAAUAAACACCUCGGUUGAGGGAAAGAGAGGGAAAAAACAAAACACGACUGCACAAAAUAUGAACAGUGAUCAUACAGUAGGAAAGUUCUUGUAUAGUUCAUUUUACUUUUGAAAAUGGUCUUAACCACCAUCACACCCACCACCACCAUCACCAUCACCACUACCACAACCACCACCUAACCUCCCACCUUCAGUUUCUUCCUCAUAAGUUUGUGAAAGAGUUCAGAUUACACGAUAUUUUGUGCUUCGUCACACUCAUGCUAUUUUCGAUUGGUAAUAAAACAAGA